CAUUUGCCAAUCAGAAAGUUUGCUUUCUUCCUCUUUGUUGCCACUCAGCAGAUUUUUUUUUUCCCUCUUCCACAGAGAAGCUAAAGGCAGAGAGCGACGCAAAUGUCUGGACAUGUAUGAGAAGACUAAAGAAGGACAAGAAUCAAGAUGUGGGGCCCUCUUCAUUCAACUACAAGAACACCCUGCGUAAAUAGAGCGGAUAUGGGGCUUGUUUGUUGAGCGCAAGCAGGUUCAAACACAAACAGCUCAUGCUCAAUGGUGUGUGUUGCAAUUUCCAGCCAUGUGAUUCUCCAGAUGUGAAAGAACUGAAGACAGAGAAGAAAGACUCUGCACAUGAGCAAUAUUUCAUGGAAGGCUCACAAAGAGGAGGAAACGCAACGUUUGGUAACAUCCGAUCCCAUUGAAACAAGCUCAGAGGCGGACUUCUCUGUUCAUAUAGAACCAGAAGAAAAACAGGAGGAGGUCAGCAGUUAUCUCACAGGACAGGAAGAGCCAAAAGGAGAAGAAACUUCAACAAAAGGGUGUUGAGACUGAACGAGAAAUUGAUAAAACACAGAGUGAGAGUACGCGUCUCGAGAGUUUCCCGGCUUCCAGGUGGACUCUUCAACUCAUUUAAACCUAGAAAGUGGAACAAGAGGAGAUCGGUAUUCAUCUGAGCAGACAGGAAGAACCUGAAAGCGCAGAAACUUUAGAAAACAGAGCUGAAACUGACUCCAAGGAUGAGGAGGACUGUUUUUAGACAGAGACUGAUCAACAGAUCAGUGAUGAAACUGAACUAGAGCUGAAGUGAAGUUUGAUCAGAGCGGAGCCACAAUCCAUCAGCGGAGACGUGGAUGUAGCUGCAGAGCCGGACCGAGCGUUGACAUCCACACCUGCAGAGGAGCUCAGGCACCUGCAGGAGCUUUUCUGAGGAAGAAGACAGAAGGAUCCCAGACUGAAGAGCCAGGCUGUGUGACGAUUUUAGUCAGGAUGUGGAGCCUGAAAAGUCAAAUGAUGCAGAAAGCAAAGAAGAGAAUAAAGAGAGCUUAGAAAGGAAGCAGAAGUGCUGGAAAAUCUUGAUGGGACAAUAAAUUAUUAUUUUUUUAGCCUUUUGAGUCUUAGACAUGGAUGAAGAGUCUGGACUCGUGGAGGUGCCUCCUCAAGCUGAAGAAUGUGAACAGUUGGAGCCAGAAAUGGAGCUUGAAGAAGAAUCGGAAAACCAACAGCAGCCUGAGGAGAUGCUCAGUGUGGACCCAGAAGUGACAGAGCAGGUAGAGACAAUACAACCGGUGGAGGAGAUGCUGGAUUCACCGACGCAGAUGUGCUCAGAGCUGCCAGAGAAGACAUGCGAGUCAGAACUCAACGAGCAGCUGUCUCCUGAGCCUGAGGUCACACAAGAGUUACAGGUACAGGAUGUCAUCCUAGAACAUGCGGUGGACGAGCCAAAUCAAGCUGAAGAAUCAGAGCCGACCGACAUCGAAGACGUAAAAAAAGUCAACGGAGAACAACACAAAGCUCCAGAAUCGGCUUGCAUGAAUGGAAAAGUGGACAAGGCCAUGGCCAGGAGCCUGGCUGAGCGGCUCUUCAACCUGGAUGGAAUACAGCGAGCAGAUGUGGUGAAACACUUAGACAAAGAUAAUGACUUUAGCCAUGCUGUUGGAGAAGAAUACCUUACAUUUUUUGACUUCACUGGGCAAACUUUGGACCAAGCCCUUAGGUCUUUCCUGAAGGAGGUGGUACUGAUCGGAGAGAGCCAGGAGAGAGAACGUGUCCUGCAGCAUUUCUCUUCCCGCUUCCUGCAGUGCAAUCCUUCCACAUACUCUUCCUCAGGUGAGUCUACAUGCAUGAGAAUGUCAAAGAUGCAUCAAAAGUCAUCCCUCUUGUCGGUAUCCUCAGGGUCUGUGCUGGCUCUGACAUGUGCCUUGAUGCUUCUCAACACUGACUUGCAUGGACAGCAUGUAGGAAAGCCAAUGUCAUCCUCGAAGUUUGUAUCAAACCUGGAUGGGAUGAACGAAGGAGGAAACUUCAACAAGGACCUGUUGAAAAGUUUUUAUAACUCCAUAAAGAACGAGCCACUGAAGUGGGCCGUUAACGAGGAGGAGCUGAAGAACAGUGUGAUGGGGGAGGAAAACACAGGUGAAGAGACACCCCUCCGGUCAAAAGCAAACCCCUUCCUGGAUGUCCCCCAGGACAAGAAGGCCUCCGUGCUCAUCCAGGGUUUUCUGAAGAGGAAGCUGCACGCAGACAUCGAUGGCAAACGCACUCCUUGGGGUAAAAGAGGCUGGAAGGCUUUCUAUGGAGUCCUAAAGGGAAUGGUCCUGUACCUGCAGAAGGGCCAGGACAAUAAUCGUAGUGAUGACCACGCUUUCGAGGAGGUGGUGAGCGUGCAUCACUCUCUGGCUGAGCAGGCUGCCGACUACCCUAAGAGCCCAUUCGUCUUUCGCCUGCAGACAGCCGACUGGAGAGUUUUCCUCUUUAAAGCUUCUUCCACCGGGGAGAUGAAUUCGUGGAUCAGCCGCAUCAACUUGGUUUCAGCGCUUCACUCCUCCCCGCCUUUACCGGCUGCCGUAGGUUCUCAAAGGAGGUUCUGCAGGCCCAUCCUUCCUGUCUCGCAGUCGGCUCAAACUCUGGAACGCCAGCUGCAGUGCCACACAGGAAUGCUGGAGUCCUUCAAGGCUGACCUGUCACACCAGCAGGAAAAUGCCCCCGAGGGCAAGAAGGCUAAAGCCAAGGAUCUGGAGGAAUAUCGGGUCAGAACAGAGUACCUACGUCACGAGGUGUGCCGCUAUGAGAUCUACAUCCAAGUGCUGGAAGCUUGGAAGAAAGUGAAGACGGCAGAUCAGAGAGAACUGAGCAUCAGCGAGCUGAACCGGUUUGACAAAUGUAUGUGUGGAGACUCUGUAGACAACAAGAAAGAUGAGGAAAGUGAGCUGCAAAGGUCUCACUCCAGUCCCUCUCUGGAGGGGGACUUAGCUCCUCCCACGGUGAUCAAAGUGCGGCGCAACAUCUCAGAGAGACGGCCAAAUCGCAAGACCGUCGUUCCAAGGUGGACCAAAGACAUUUGAGAAGUCUCCUUCUCAUGCAAAGUAUUUCCCAUAGGUGUGUGCUCUUAUAGAAUAAUAAAACUCAGGAAGGAAUCCCAAAACCAUUGUAGAACUCAAGAGUGUGACUUCUACAAUAGGGUUUGUUAGGCAAACGUGUGUUGAAUCCACUAGAGGGCGCUGUCAAACAGCCUUAUUCUGUGAAAGUCAAGAUCUGCUGGCUCAGUUUGGUUGGAAAUUGCACUUUUUUUUCUUUUUUUAUUCUUUAUAAUGUAAAAAAACAUUGAGUUGAUAGAUUUAUGGCUGCAUCUGUCCAACAUUGUUUGUAUAAAUGAAGGAUUGUUUUAUAAAAUGUCAUUUUCUCCACUUUUUUAUUAAAAAGAAAAAUAUUUUUCAUUUUUGACGGCACAAAACAUGCAGAAUUCGGGUUUGAUCUGUUGACCUAUUAAAUUUAGAUCUUGACUUGA